AGGUACUCUUCUGAUGAAUCUGACGAAGAAUUCGACCAACCUAAAAUGGCUGAUGUCAAACCAGGUGUACCCUUGGUUCCAUUUGCUGCCAAACCAGAAGACAAAGGUGUUAAGCCUAUAGAACCAUUUUCAAAACCAGACGACAAACCAAAAUCUCCACUUGACGCAACGAAGCCUAUUCCACAAACGUACUCUUCUGAUGAAUCUGAUGAAGAGUUCGACACACCUAAAAUGACUGAUGUCAAACCAGGUGUACCCUUGGUUUCAUUGGCUGCCAAACCAGAAGACAAUGGUGGUAAGGAUGUAGAACCGACUUUGAAACCAGACGACAAACCCAAAUCUCCACUAGACGUAACGAUGCCUAUUCCACAAUCGUACUCUUCUGAUGAAUCUGAUGAAGAUUUCGAGAAACUUAAAAUGGUUGAUGUCAAAUCAGGUGUACCCUUGGUUCCAUUGGCUGCCAAUCAUGAAGACAAUUUUGUUAAGCCUAUAGAACCGAUUUCAAAACCAGACGACAAACCUAAAUCUCCACUUGACGUAACGAAGCCUAUUCCACAAACGUACUUUUCUGAUGAAUCUGAUGAAGAGUUCGACAAACCUAAAAUGGCUGAUGUCAAACCAGGUGUACCCUUGGUUCCAUUUGCUGCCAAACCAGAAGACAAAGGUGUUAAGCCUAUAGAACCAAUUUCAAAACCAGACUACAAACCAAAAUCUCCACUUGACGUAACGAAGCCUAUUCCACAAACGUACUUUUCUGAUGAAUCUGAUGAAGAGUUCGAUAAACCUAAAAUGGCUGAUGCCAAACCAGGUGUACUCUUGGUUCCAUUUGCUGCCAAACCAGAAGACAAAGGUGUUAAGCCUAUACAACCGAUUUCAAAACCAGACGACAAACCAAAAUCUCCACUUGACGUAACGAAGCCUAUUCCACAAACGUACUCUUCUGAUGAAUCUGAUGAAGAGUUCGAUAAACCUAAAAUGGCUGAUGUCAAACCAGGUGUACUCUUGGUUCCAUUUGCUGCCAAACCAGAAGACAAAGGUGUUAAGCCUAUAGAACCAAUUUCAAAACCAGACGACAAACCAAAAUCUCCACUUGACGUAACGAAGCCUAUUCCACAAACGUACUCUUCUGAUGAAUCUGAUGACGAGUUCGAUAAACCUAAAAUGACUGAUGUCAAACCAGGUGUACCCUUUGUCCCAUUGGCUGCCAAACCAGAAGACAAAGGUGUUAAGCCUAUAGAACCAAUUUCAAAACCAGACGACAAACCAAAAUCUCCAGUUGACGUACCGAAGCCUAUUCCACAAACGUACUCUUCUGAUGAAUCUGAUGAAGAGUUCGACAAACCUAAAAUGGCUGAUGUCAAACCAGGUGUACCCUUGGUUCCAUUUGCUGCCAAACCAGAAGACAAAGGUGUUAAGCCUAUAGAACCAUUUUCAAAACCAGACGACAAACCAAAAUCUCCACUUGACGCAACGAAGCCUAUUCCACAAACGAACUCUUCAUCAGAUUCAUCAGAAGAGUACUCUUCUGAUGAAUCUGACGAAGAAUUCGACCAACCUAAAAUGGCUGAUGUCAAACCAGGUGUACCCUUGGUUCCAUUUGCUGCCAAACCAGAAGACAAAGGUGUUAAGCCUAUAGAACCAUUUUCAAAACCAGACGACAAACCAAAAUCUCCACUUGACGCAACGAAGCCUAUUCCACAAACGUACUCUUCUGAUGAAUCUGAUGAAGAGUUCGACACACCUAAAAUGACUGAUGUCAAACCAGGUGUACCCUUGGUUUCAUUGGCUGCCAAACCAGAAGACAAUGGUGGUAAGGAUGUAGAACCGACUUUGAAACCAGACGACAAACCCAAAUCUCCACUAGACGUAACGAUGCCUAUUCCACAAUCGUACUCUUCUGAUGAAUCUGAUGAAGAUUUCGAGAAACUUAAAAUGGUUGAUGUCAAAUCAGGUGUACCCUUGGUUCCAUUGGCUGCCAAUCAUGAAGACAAUUUUGUUAAGCCUAUAGAACCGAUUUCAAAACCAGACGACAAACCUAAAUCUCCACUUGACGUAACGAAGCCUAUUCCACAAACGUACUUUUCUGAUGAAUCUGAUGAAGAGUUCGACAAACCUAAAAUGGCUGAUGUCAAACCAGGUGUACCCUUGGUUCCAUUUGCUGCCAAACCAGAAGACAAAGGUGUUAAGCCUAUAGAACCAAUUUCAAAACCAGACUACAAACCAAAAUCUCCACUUGAC